AUGGGUAAAAUCGUUAUCCAAAUUCCCGACGAUUCAUCGGCUCUACCAGUGUCCAAAGCCCGAGAAGGGACCGCUUGUCUCCGCUCUGAUGUCUCUUACCUUCUAGUUGGCGGUCUGGGCGGGAUUGGACGUGCUGUUGCGAGGUGGAUGGUUGAGAAGGGGGCCCGGCACUUGGUUUUCCUUUCACGAUCUGGCCAAGCAUCUCCCGAAAGCCAAGCUUUGGUUCGAGACCUUAAGAGUCAGGAUGGCUGUGGCGUAACCGUUGUGGCAGGGAGUGUGGCUGACAUUGAAGAUGUCCGGCGUGCUGUUGCUGCAUGCAGAAAGCCGGUAGGAGGAGUCUUGCAAAUGACCAUGGUACUGAAAGAUCAACUUCUAAUGAGCAUGGGGUAUGAGGAAUGGACAGCCGCGCUUGCCCCCAAAGUCCAAGGGACAUGGAACCUUCAUAAUGCCUUGGGCGACACACAGCUGGAUUUCUUCAUCCUGUUUAGUUCGUUGUCCGGUAUUUGCGGUUUGAGUGGCCAGACAAAUUACGCAGCAGCAAAUACAUUUCUGGACAGUUUUGUGAGAUAUCGACAAUGUCGAGGAUUGACUGCAAGCGUACUUGAUGUCGGCUUCAUGGGCGAUGUUGGAUAUGUCUUUGAGAAAGCUACUGAUAUUCGAGAACAGGCGCGUUCUGUUGCAGUCCCGAUUCUGGAGGAGAACGAUCUACUCAAAGGCCUGGAGACUGCUAUCGUUUCUUGA